CUGACGUAGUGUUGCGACACUCAAGCGUCAGCCAUCACCACUAGCUGGAGCAUCUGCGCUUUCACGGUCAAGCUGCGUGUUGCGGUACAUUUUUGUUGAACAUUAAAAGAAGACUUGCCUUGCUGUACAAAAAGGUAUAUCCUACAGUUCUACGUCCGAUCGCAUUGAAAACGGCUCUGCAGCAGACGAUCCCAAUGAUGUCAUCGUAUUAUCAUACAGGGAAAGAGGUAGACAUGGCGGCGUUAACAGAACCGCUCUGUUUGGAAAGAGAUGUUUGCAGAGUCAUAGAAUUGUUAGAUAGGCUACAAAGGAGUGGUGAGCUACCUCCUCCUAAACUCCAGGCUCUGCAGAGAGUACUACAGAGCAAAUUCUGUGCUGCCAUCAGAGAGGUGUACGAGCAGCUUUAUGACACAUUGGACAUUGUAGGAGGGCCAGAGGUGCGAGCACAAGCCACUGCCAAGGCCACAGUAGCAGCAUUCGCAGCCAGUGAAGGCCAUGCACACCCAAGAGUGGUGGAACUCCCCAAGACAGAUGAGGGGCUUGGUUUCAACAUCAUGGGGGGAAAAGAACAAAACUCUCCCAUCUACAUCUCUAGGGUAAUCCCAGGAGGUGUUGCUGACCGGCAAGGGGGGCUGAAGAGAGGCGAUCAGCUGCUCUCUGUUAACGGAGUGAGUGUAGAGGGAGAACACCAUGAGAAAGCUGUAGAGCUACUAAAGGCAGCGCAGGGUUCAGUGAAGCUGGUCGUGCGUUACACCCCUAAAGUCUUAGAAGAGAUGGAAGCCAGGUUUGAGAAGAUGAGAAGUGCCAGGAGACGCCAGCAACAUACCAGCUACUCGUCCUUGGAGUCCAGGGGUUAAUUAAUCCUAACUUCAGACUGGCCUGCUGAUCCAUUCUCCCACUGUUUUCUGCUCCCGAAGGAUGACAGAAGACCCAGAGGAGAUCAGU